AUGGAAAGUAAUGACUAUUUUAUGUUAAGUGGUAAUGUAAACUUAAAGGAACCAUAUAUUAAAAAUAAUAAUUCAGAAGAUAAAAGAGAAUUAUUUUGCUUUAUUUGUUUAGAAAAGGAUUUAGAAAAUUCAGUUUUACUUUCUUGUUGCUCAUUAUGUACUGCUUGUGUACAUAAAAAAUGUUGGUUUACAUGGAGAAAAACUCAAAAAUUAGGAUCUUUAAGAUCCAAAUUAUUAGGUUUAAAUAAAUCUGAUCCCUUGUUAUGCACAAUAUGUAAAACAGGAAUAUCAAAAAUAGAAGAAGAAAAUGAUUUCAAUUGGAUAGUUAAUAAUAAUAGGAAUAAGGAAUAUUUGCAAGAUGAACUUUUAAGGACUAUUGCUUCAUUAUUAAAUAAUGAAAAUAAUGAUAAUAAUAUUCCUAAUGUACAUUUCAAAUACAUUUUAUCAUUUAAUUUUAUUUUUUUAAUUAUAUUAAUAAUAUUUAUAAUAUUCUUUAUAAUGGUAUUUGGUUUUACUAUUAAUUAUGUUCUUUUAAUUGCUCUCCUCAUAUUAUAUGAGGUCAUUGUGGUGCAAAUAGUUUUAUACAUAUAUAUACGAGUUAAAUAUAAUUCUUUUUAA